GUUAUGUAAUUGUUUAGUUUUUUAGAAGAAUGUAAUUGUAGCAAUCAUGCUAAAUAAAUCUUAAACAAACAAACAAACAAUGACAUCAUCUUUCAAUCAUUAAAAAAUACUUCGUUUUUAGACUGUUUUCGCGCUAAGUAGUGACUCUAAACCAUUGUGCAACACUGCCAGAUACUAAUUUUUCUACAUUUCAACUUAUCUCUUGUGAUUCCUUCUCCCUCAUACUAAUAAUACCGUAAAAGAAUAAUACAAUGUUGGCUUUUUCUUUUUCUGUUAAUGUGGAAUUGACAUGUUUGCUAAAAACAAUCUUUCGAAGCAUUGGUUUUUGUCAACAACCUGGGGUCUGAUUCCAAAUGAGUUUCGAACUGAUAAUUUUGACACCGCCACGAUAAUUUGAAUAUAGAAGAUCGAUAUAAACAGAUGUCAAAAUUAUCAUAGCGAAUAAACUAUAUCGUCACAAGUCGCCGUCGAAAUUAAUUUCAACAGUUGAAACUCAUUUAGAAUCAAGCCCCAGAUAUAGGUGUUUCUUACGACUUGUUUUUAACUGCUUGUUUUUGUUUUGUCCCAAUGAUAACAUUAUUCGAGCUAACAAUUUUAGUCAAUUUACAAUGUAUACAGUACGAACGCGUGUGUUGUCUUCACUUUCUAACACCCUGCAUAAUGUUGCAAAUCGGCUAGGUUUCAUGUUUUUCACGCUUUCAGCUUCAGGUGGAGGGGAUGCACACGCUAAUGGCCACAUAAAAGCAAAUGGUAACGCUAUGUUGGUCAGAUCCAGUAGUAUAAAGCCACCAAACAUUCUGGUAUAUGCUGACAGCUUAGUGGCUAAGGAUAAUGUAAAAAUUGCGCUGUCGACCAUGUUGAAUAGAGAGAAGUACACGAUCUACGAUCUUCCGAUGGACUCAAAGCAAAUGAUCUGGGACCAGUCGACAGUCCUUGUGGUCGUAUGCGGUACAGUCCCUCCAAACCUUACAUUCAAUCUAUUGCAGUACCUGUUACAAGGUGGUCAAUUAUUGUGCUUGUGCAGUGAUCUCCUGUACAGCGUACUGCACACCUUCACUACUGCUGAAGUGAGAGAACACGAGUUGGUUUGUUUCAAUUAUGGAAGGUGGAAGAAUGUAAAAAUGAUGCAUCAUAUAUUUUGUUACCAGGCAUCGCCAGCUAAGAAGCAGUUUUCCAAGGAUUCCGAUCAUUCGAACCAAAGCACCGGCUCUAGUCCCAUAGCUCCACGCACGCCAUCUAUAGUGGAAUUGCAGCACAAUGGAAAAGACUACACGAUGCAAGUGCAAGUGUUGGGAACUGAAGAAACUUGGCAAACUCCCAGCUUGCUAUUGGCUACUGUUAAGGGUGGCGAAGGAAGGGCCGUAUUCUCACAGGUUCACCUUGAAAUAAAUCCCAAUCAGUUCGAGGAUGAUGAGCAAAAAUUUGAGACACUGAAGCUCAGUGAUCAAGCUAGGCUUGAGAUUCUGAAAGACAUCCUUGCUAGUCACUUAGAUAUAGAUUGUACUUCUUCAGAAGAACCUGCGUACACUCCUGGAUAUUUUCUGGGUAGACACGAGAUGAAAAUGAAGCUAUUGAAUGAAGGAAGUAGUAUCAAGAAUAGUGUCCUGGAAACGGAAAACAUAACUGUGAAAUUUUGUGGUAAAAAUGAAUCUCCAGAGUCUGCUUCCAAGAAUUUUUUACCUGUUUUUAUCCACUCCUGCCCUUCCAAUUUUUCUACUGUUAGUUAUUUCGAGGCUUUAGAAACUCAACAUAUCGGCAGACUAGUUAUUUAUAGUGAUGUUAUUGCAAGUUCGCAAGCAAUAAUAGGCAAAAUGUUGGCACAUGGAUUAGUUGUAAUUCCGAGGAAACAAGUUAAUGGAGUCGGUAGAGCAAAUAAUACAUGGAUAAGUCCAGAAGGAAGCGCUUCAUUUUCCCUCCAACUACAUGUUGAGCUCGAUUCACCAUUAGGAAAAGCUCUUUCAUUAAUGCAACAUCUUGUUAUGGUUGCUAUAGUUUCCGCUGUCAAAUCAGUCAGGGGAUGUGAGGAUCUGAAUAUUGGAAUAAAAUGGCCAAAUGAUCUGUAUGUAAAUGGUCAUAUUAAAAUAGGAGGACUUAUGGUUCAAACUUCAGUUAUGGGUACGCAAGCAAUUGUAAAUAUUGGAAGCGGCGUUAAUUUAAAUAAUCAAAAUCCAACAAUGUGCAUAAAUGAACUUAUCAGUGCGACCAACGAAACGAAAGGUUCCAACAUGAGUAAAAUUCCUUAUGAAGCAUAUUUUGCUGCCGUGUUCAAUGAAAUAGAAAGGAUAUUUAUCAAGGUUCAAAGUGGAGAUAUGGAUUAUCUGUUUGAUCUGUACUAUAAAUACUGGCUCCACAAUGACGUCAUUAUUUUUGUUGCUGCAGUGUUGACGCCACGUUAAACGUCACAGAUAUGUCAUAUGAUGCGAUGUAACAGAUUGGGAAAUACAACAACAACAAAGAUAAUAUGUCAGCAUAUUUCCACGGUUUUCUGUUACAAAAACGUUAGGCUUUUCCAAAAUCAUCGAUACGAAUAUAAACAAUUGCGACAUAACAGUGACAAAUAAAUCCGGAGAAUCGGAAUUCGUGAAAAUCGUAGGUAUAGACGAUUAUGGCUAUUUGAAAGUGAGGGGUCAAAAUGGCGCCAUAUCUUCUGUCCAACCCGAUGGAAAUACAUUUGAUAUGCUGAGGGGCCUCAUUUGCCCAAAACCGUUUUGAAAAGUUUCUCUCUAGGUGUUCGUCCGCGUUAUUAAGAAAAUGUUAAUGUGUAUUUUUUUCGAAUUGUUGGCUUGUUGAAAUGUUUCCAAAGCCAAAAAUAUAUGUGUAUUUUUUUAAUAUAAAUAAAUAUUUUUCUGGUUUAUAGAUUUAUAGACUAGGCGGAUUAGGGAUCGAUGUUGAUGCUUUCUAAAGUAGCGGAUAUUUCUGCAUUUGAAGUACUCCUGUAUCAUAUUUAAUAAGAAUAAGAGUAAAAAUUAACAACACGAAUGAUAUUUUUCUAAGUAUAACGCUCAGAAUAUCAAACAGAACUGAAAUAAUACAUUUCCAAAGGACUCGAAAAAUAUUAAUUUCUUGUAGUUAUGUUUGUUUUUUAUAUUUUUCGCUCCUUAUAAGACUGGCGCAUAGGCAUUUUUAAUAAUGUCUAGAAGAAGAAGUGUCCGUUAUUUCUGAGAACAUCGAAAAACCAAGUUUGCUGGACUUAAUCCGUCUAAGGUAUUAUUUUUCUGAAAGUUAUGUAUUUGUGAUUUUAAAAUAUAAAUUUUAAUAAAUCGUGUCUAUCAAUGUUA